UUUAUUACAAAUGAAUUCAAUAUCCAUGCAUUAACAUCGCUUCCAUCCCCUUUUCUUAUAAUUCAUAAACAAGCAUCAUGAUACACAAGUGUUGAAAACGAUUGCUGUAAACUAUUAUUUAAAACCCUAAUGACCUAAGACUAUUACAAAUUGAUUGGGUCCAUAACUUUUUAAAGAACAUCAAAAAGUCAUAUUUGUCCUUCAAACUCACCUCCCCUUCUACUUGCCCAAAAUGUUCAUUCCCCUCAUUGACCAAUUGAUUCAUGUCAUGCAUAGAACGGAAAACAAUGUACAUGUUCUAUAUUCCUCAUGCAUACAUACAUAUAAACAUGCCCAUUUCACUAUAUAUAAGCCUUCACCCAUCCUUACAUUUUAUUAGCUUCCCACACCAAGGUAGUGAGAAAGGAUGGGUACAGAGAGGUUAAGCUCUUCUCAGGAUGAUAAUGAACUGAGAAAGGGGCCAUGGACAAUGGAAGAAGACUUAAUUCUGAUGAAUUACAUUGCCAAUCAUGGUGAAGGAGUAUGGAAUUCACUGGCCAAAGCUGCAGGUCUCAAACGUACCGGGAAGAGUUGUCGCCUCCGAUGGCUGAACUAUCUUCGGCCCGGCGUUCGGAGAGGCAAUAUAACUCCUGAAGAGCAGGUCUUGAUCAUGGACUUGCAUUCUAAAUGGGGCAACAGGUGGUCAAAAAUUGCAAGACAGCUUCCUGGAAGAACAGAUAACGAGAUAAAGAAUUACUGGAGGACGAGGAUACACAAGCAUAUGAAGCAGCAAGAGGAAGGCGAGAAAGUUGGCGAGCUGAUGAUAUCAAUCACUAGCGGUUUGGAGACGAACGACGAUGGUGGCAUCAGCCCUUGUAGCCAAGUUUCAAGCAUUCAUAAUGUUGCAGAGCCGAUGGAGAUCAGCCAUGACUACCUCCCAUCAUCUCAAGGAGAUAUUGAGGCUAUGGCCUAUGAGCACACAACUUGGCCUCGUGAGAAUGGGGCAAAUAAUGACAACUACUGGAGCAUGGAGGAUCUUUGGUCCAUGCAAUUACUUAAUUGAACUGUUUGCAGGGAGGAACAAGGAGCCGUGUUUAAAUUAUGUAUAGUUUAACCUUAAAUAAAAUUUUUCCUUCUAUAUUUUUUUAUCUUUUUUAUGGGAUGUUCAUCAGAAACUCAUGUUGAUG